AUGGCCUUCUUCCCGCGCUUCACUGAGCUCUCGCCUCUGUUCCACCUGCUCGACGACUACGAGGCCCACCGCUCCCGCCCCACAUGCCGUCGAUCUACUAGAACACCUACUACAUCCACCACGACCACACAACCCACCUUCACUCCCGCCUUUGACGUGCGCGAGCUGGACAGUGGCUACUAUCUCGACGGCGAGCUGCCAGGCGUGGUCCAGAGCAAUAUCGAUAUUGAAUUCAGCGACCCCCAGACCCUAGUCAUCAAGGGCCGCACGGAGCGGGAGUAUGCGGAAUCCACCACCACGAACAGCAACAAAGAUAUCAAGUCUACCUCUCCUGCUUCGCGAUGGCGUCAGCCUACCGUCCAAAAUGAGGAUGAGGAUGAAGCUGCUCAGUCCAACACUGACUCUGAUACCACCACCACAGCUGAGCCAGCCUCAAAUCACGACUCCCCAUACCACUACUGGGUCUCAGAGCGAUCAAUCGGCAACUUCCAGCGCACCUUCACUUUCCCAACGCGGGUAGACCAGGAUGCCGUACGGGCCAAUUUGAAGAAUGGGGUUUUGUCAGUGUUCGUGCCGAAGGAGGCUGCGCCGCAGACGAAGAAGAUUCGUGUUCUGUGA